UAUAACAAUGCACUCCAUACAAUAGACAUAUAUCUCAUGAAUACAAAAUAUUUGUAUCUCUUGGACGGAAGGAGCGAUUUAAUAUUCUUGUAUAAACUGUAAUACUUUGGUUGUCAGAUACGCAAAUAUCAAUAAAAUGGGAAUAAAUUGAUUUAAUUUGUCUCCAUUUAUCUGAAUGGAGAGAAAAUGGGAUUUAUUUCAAUACAUCAAGUUCUCUCAACUGGCAGUCAAGUAUACAGUGAAAAUGAGUUCUCUGUGAAAUGGAUUUAAGACGAGUAAAAAAUAUGCAUCCCUUACCAACAUCACAACAUUUUACAAAUAUUCGUACGGAUGACGACAUAACUGCGGCGGUGACCAACUUCUUACACAAUGAAGGCUCAAACCUCCAUGGUAAAACCUGGCAGGACACAACAGCCGAAGUCACAAAAUGGCUGGCAAGCCAGAUUCAGCGUGAACGUGAAGGAUGGCGACAGAAAACUCGUGCAGCCAUGCAAGAGAUCGAGAAUCACAGAAAAGAAGUGCUGAAAUUUCAAGGUCUUAUUCAGGAGUGUCUUGAACAUAUGAAAAUUCUUGUUGAGUGUUGUAAUAUUCCAGAAGAGAAAAUUUCUCAUAUAUCAGAACAAGAACCAAGACGAGCACUGCCAAUGUAUCUAGAAUGUCUUACUGAGACUCUGAAUUCUUUAAUGGAGGAUCGAAUCAUGUGUUUACAGAUUCUCCAUGCUGAUGAGACUACUUCAAAGAAUAGUUUACCAAGUCUUCUGAAAGCUUAUAUAGAGGCCCUAAAACAUCACGCUGAACGUGCUCAUAAAGAAGCCAAAAACAGACUUGAAUCCCUAGAAUCAGUAAAUAAACAUAGUUUUACUGAACUGGCAAAAAUGAAGAAGGCUAUUCAUCGAAAACAGGAAGAAGUUGAGACACUGCAUGCAAAACUGCAAGAAAUCCAAGAAGUCACAAUGAAAAAAUUCAAAGAAGUUAAUGAAAUUCAGCUUCAAAAGGAUGAUAGAGACUUCGAUGACAGAGCCUCUCAAACUGACUUACAAAUAACAAGUGGAAAAACAAAUGAACGUCAUUCUUCACCCUCAUCUCUGUAUAGCGCCCCGACCCCAGUUCCUGCUGCAGAUCAGAAAAAUAUACAUAUUUCAGCAGAAAAAUUGUCUAGGUUACGUAGAAGUGCCAAAAAACUUGAAAACUCUCUAAAUGAUGCUUUAUCGCAAAUGGACACAUUUCGCAAGGGAAUGAAACCCACUAAAGUCACUCAGUCAAAUAUGUUUGGUACACCAAGACCUUUCGGCCUUCAGCAUGUUCCAGAUGUUCCACCCAUUUUGAAGAAAGAGAUGAAGUUGUUACCCUCUCCGAUGCACAUGUGGUCAACCAAAUUUGAAAUAAGCGGGCCAAAAAUUCAUGAUGCAGAGCUAGAGCUAAUAAAACAACAGGAGAGAGACAAGGAAGAAAAAAAGAGAAAAGCUAAAGAAAAAAGGAGAGAAGCUAUUCAAAACAGUCAAGAGAGACUAGUACACUCGCAGCAAGAAGUGCCAACAUUUCGCUCUUUGAUGAAAUCCUUGGACGAUGUAAAGAAGACUACUGGUAAUAAAGUACGGAAUUAUAAACCAGUUGGACAAGUGACAAAAUGCCUCAGGUGUAAUAAAUUGUUUACUUUAAAUGACAACCAUAAGAAAUCUUGCAACUAUCAUCCUAAGGGAAAAGAAAGAAUUGAGCAAUAUUCUGAUAGGGGGAAGCUUGUGAAAGUUACGUACGUCUGGAAGUGUUGCAUGAUGGGACCUGACAAUCCAGGAUGUACUUAUGGACAGCAUGUAUAGUGCACUAAAACUGUUGGUCUGUAAUAUUGAAAGCUGGAUGGAGAAGUUUUUUCGAAAGAUAUUCCAUGUUUGAUUUAAAUGGUGAAAUAAGUUCUCUAAUGCAACUCAUUUAUACCUCUUGUGGUAAAAUAAUAUCUGAGGUCCUCUCAGUACAUGUUAAAAGAUUGUGUUUAAUAACUGUAUAAUUUUUCGCAAAUAAACCCUUUGAAGUUUCAAUAACAGUUAAGCAUCUGAGACCAUGGAAGAUGAACAAAACAAUGAUGAAUUUGGUGAAUAAAGUGAAAUAAUUUAUGUCUGAUCUAUAGAAAAAGCUUAUCUAAUUUGACAAAAUACUAGGUAUAAUUUUGUGAAUGAUUUCAGUUUAACUGAAGGCCUUAUACUUAUAUGGGUUUAAAUAGUGACCUGAAAUAUUGGUUUUAUUGAAAUAAGAUAUGAAACCUAUUUAAGUAUUUAUUGUGAAAAAUAUGUUUUAAAUGUCUUUCAGAAUUUAUUGCAUGUUAUUCAUGUAAAGAAAUAAUAUAACAGACAGUUUGACAGAA